CUGUAUUGGGGACAGAACAUAUGUUGUCCACUUGAUUUCUAAUCUAGCGAACAACUAAAAAUCUCGAAUCUUCUUCUUUUCGGUGACCAAUAAAAUUGCACUGUAUCUAUUCCGGGUCAAGUUUUUUCGAGAUAAUUAUUCUAUAUAUAUAUAGAUGUGCUGAAAUUGCUCCCCGUGGAAAUCCGAAUACAACAAAAGGCGGCGAACCUGUGAUCCCCAAAGUCGUGCUUUCACACGGUGGCCGGUAACUGAGCAAAACUGAAAACGGAGAGGAAAAAGUGACCGAAUGGGGGUAGCGGCGGAAGCUCAUAACGUGAAAAUUUUGGGAUCAGGCACCGAGUACAUCGUUCUGGGUCAUGGUUUUGGCACGGAUCAGUCUCUGUGGAAACACUUUGUACCUUAUCUCGUCGACGAUUACCGUGUCGUUCUCUACGACAACAUGGGCGCGGGUACCACUAACCCUGAGUUCUUCGAUUUCGACCGUUAUUCCACCUUAGAAGGAUAUGCGUCUGAUUUGCUUGCCAUUUUAGAAGAGCUCCAAGUUGAAUCUUGCAUUUUCGUUGGCCACUCUGUUUCCGGAAUGAUUGGUGCUAUUGCUUCCAUUGCUCGCCCCGAUCUCUUCACCAAGCUCGUUAUGGUCGGCGCUUCCCCAAGGUAUUUGAACGACGUGGAUUACUAUGGAGGGUUUGAGCAGGAAGAGCUGAACCAACUGUUCGAUGCUAUGGCGGCGAAUUACAAAUCGUGGUGCAGCGGGUUCGCUCCGCUGGUUGUGGGCGGAGACAUGGAAUCCGUGGCGGUGCAGGAGUUUAGUCGAACGUUGUUCAACAUGCGGCCGGACAUAGGGCUGAUGGUGUCGCGGACAAUAUUUCAAAGCGAUAUGAGACACAUUCUGAAUCUUGUCAGUGUCCCCUGCCACAUCAUCCAGGCGGAGAAAGACAUGGCGGUUCCGGUGGUGAUCUCGGAGUACCUCCACCAAAACAUUGCUGCUCAGUCCAUCGUGGAAGUUGUUUCCACCGAAGGCCAUUUGCCGCAGUUAAGCUCGCCGGAUAUCGUUAUUCCGGUGCUGCUCGAACACGUUCAACUUGAGAUUGAGGCAAGAAGAUAAACACUUUGGUGAUCCACUUGAUUCCGUUGGAAAGGAGAAUCUGUCUGUGUAUUUGUGCUUUGUUCUUUGUCUUUUUUUUUUUCACUUUGUUGUAUAUGCGAACGUACAGUGUUAGAGCGUAGAGGUAGCAACACUGUAGUAGUGGGAAUCAAAUGUCCAUUUCGCUGUGGUUCGUGGUGGGUUGACGAUCUCUGAACAGCGAGAAAAAGAACAACAGCAGUAUGUCGUAACUGUCAUUAGAUGUUUUAAAUCUAGGUUUAGAAACUCGUUUGUUUUUUAUGAUUAUGAACAAAUUCUGUUUUAGCUUUUAUAUUUAAAAGUAUUUUCUUCAUUGUUCAA